UUCAUUCGUUGUUGGUACGAGCGGCGCGCGAACGAACAUCAUAUAUUGUAUUUUCCGCAUUCGCAUUGAUACGAUACCAUACUGUGUGCUGUGUACUGUAUAGCAUAUAUACCAUACCACACCAACAAAACACAAGCGAUACGAUACAAUAAAGUCAGCGUAUGCAGCGCUGUUUGUUUAUUUUUUACAAGCUAAAAACAAACGACAAAACAAAUUCGCAAAGCCGCCCGCGUUCCGCGUUUUGCCAACUAAAAAACAAAUAAAAUCAAACAACAAAAAAGCGAAAAAGGCCUAGACGCAAAUAAAAAGAAGUACAAAAAAACAACGUGCAUUGUGAAUUUUUUAAAUUUUCAAAGUUUUGGCUUGUGCUGUGUUCCUUUUUCCCUGCUAACGUGCAUCGUACAUACAUUCGCAUUCGUAUCCGUACCUACAUACGUGCAAUAAUCAAUACAAUACGACGUACAACAAACUGCGUAGAACAGUAUUAAAAAAAGGAAACAGAAAAAAAAUCUGGCUUAAGACUCGACUCCAAUUUGCGUUGGUGUGCUCAUUACAUACAAACGUAUUUGUGCUAAAAGUAAAUAUAUAUGCUUUAACCAUUUAGGACUAAAAGUGAAGGAUAUAGUACGGAAAUCCCAGUAUAAAGCCAAUCCACGAUUAAAACAUUCGGACUAGAUCCGAAAUCUCACAGUUAUGGAACACUUUCAUCAAAUACAGCAAUUGGCUGCUCAGCAACAACAACAAGUACAACAGCAACAGUUGCAACAACACCAGGUGGUGGUGCAGCAGAAUCAACAGCAGGCGCACCAGAACAGCUCCAAUACCACAGCCGGCGUGGGCACCCAACAGCUGUUCACAUACAAAAUGGCCAGCAGUUUUCCGAAUCCGGCCACGACGAUGGCCCAGGUGGUGGCCACAUCGAACGCAGCCGGCACCACGGGCUAUGACUAUCGUCUAAAUAUGGCACAGGCAGCCGCUGCAGCAGCCGUACCCGGCUCCCAGUGGUGGUAUUCGGCCGCCAAUCAGGGCCAGGUCGAUGCCAAUACAGCGGCGCAACUGCAGCACCAGCAGCAGCAACAGCAGCAGCAGCAACAACAGCAGCAGCAACAGCACCAGCAGCAACAACAGAUGCAACAGCAGCAGCAGCAACAGAAUGUCAUUAAUUCGGCGAGCCCCAUGAUCAGAGGCGGCAAGGCCGAUGCCAAGCCCAGAGGCCGAAUGACCGCCUACGCAUACUUUGUACAAACUUGCAGGGAGGAGCACAAAAAGAAGCAUCCCGAUGAGACGGUGAUAUUCGCCGAAUUCUCACGGAAGUGUGCCGAAAGGUGGAAGACAAUGGUGGACAAGGAGAAGAAGCGCUUCCACGAAAUGGCCGAGAAGGACAAGCAGCGAUACGAGGCGGAAAUGCAGAACUAUGUGCCGCCCAAGGGAGCGGUCGUGGGACGCGGCAAGAAGAGGAAACAAAUCAAGGACCCCAAUGCUCCAAAACGUUCAUUGUCUGCGUUCUUCUGGUUCUGCAAUGACGAGAGAAAUAAGGUGAAGGCACUUAAUCCCGAGUUCGGAGUGGGCGACAUUGCCAAAGAGCUGGGACGCAAGUGGUCCGAUGUGGAUCCCGAGGUCAAGCAGAAGUACGAGUCGAUGGCCGAGCGGGACAAGGCUCGAUAUGAACGCGAGAUGACCGAGUACAAGACGAGCGGGAAAAUCGCCAUGUCCGCACCGUCGAUGCAGGCGUCGAUGCAGGCGCAGGCACAGAAAGCCGCGUUACUUGCCGCCGCUGCCCAGCAGCAACACCAGCAGCUGGAAGAGCAGCACGACGAUGACGACGGCGAUGGAGAUGAUGACGAGAACCAAUAGGUUUAGCAGUAAAUACUCUUCACUAUUUAUACACACGAUCGUUGUCGCGAUGGAGGAACAAACAUGAUAACGUUGGUCGAUCUAUUAUCAGGUUGGCCAAUGUGUGUUGAAUAUAUAUUUAUAUAUAUAAGGGUGUGCCCUGUUAGAGGUUUCGCUUUCCGGUAACAGAACACUGUCACAAUUUGUUCAGGAUCAUCUGGCAAAGCUAUUAUCAAUCGUGUUUUGAUUAAAGACAGGCUAACAAUCAUGGUGGAAAGGUUCUUUUUUUUGUUUUGUUUAUUUUUUAAGCAGCAAGGAUGUGCAUAGAGCUCUUGUGAAUCUCUUUCCUUUUUUUUCCAUUUGUAGCACCCCCGAAUGAGCGGUGUAAGUCUCUUUCAGAAAUAUUAGAAAUAUAGAACCAAUGUCCAACUAAAAUUCCAACUAUCACAGAUAUCUCUCGAACUUUCAGAAGAGGUUUUCAUAGUUAACCGAAGAGGAGACCAUUGUUCCUAGUGUAUUUCGAAACAAUACGAAAUCUCGUGAGAUUCUGUGAAAUUUAGGGAUUUUUCAAGCGAUUUCCAUACCAGCCAUGGGCAAAAUGUCUGCAGAAGAUUUCUGUGAUUGGCAAACCAAAGCACAAAUUGUUUUGUUUAAUUUUUCUGUGACAAUUUGAUGGUUAUCGGGAAGUGGAAUCUCUAAAGAAAGCACCUAUUAUAUAUAUGUAAAUGCAUAUAUAUAAAUAAUAUAUAAUUUUUUUUUUUAACAUAAGUAAUCAAAUUUCCAUGAAUUAUGAAGAUAAAUCACAAAGAAACCUUUUAUAAGUUCUAUGUUAAGAUGAUUAAGAUGAAUACGAUUAAGUAUGGUUAGAUUAAAAUGACACUCUUCUGUCUGCAAA